GAGUGGGUUGCACUUUGACUUGGUCAAAAAGAAUGAAGAUUGCUUUAGAUGCAGCAAAAGGACUUGCUUUUCUUCAUGGUGCAGAAAGAUCUAUCAUAUACCGUGAUUUCAAGACAUCCAACAUCCUACUAGAUGGGGACUUCAAUGCAAAGCUUUCAGACUUUGGACUGGCGAAGGAUGGACCAAUGGGAGACCAGACACAUGUGUCAACGCGGGUAAUGGGUACAUAUGGAUAUGCUGCACCUGAAUAUGUAAUGACUGGGCAUUUAACCGCUCGGAGUGAUGUUUAUGGUUUUGGAGUAGUGCUGCUUGAAUUGCUUCUCGGACGGAGGGCCUUAGACAAGGGUAGACCUAGCCGAGAACACAACCUGGUUGAGUGGGCCCGACCACUUUUGAACCACAAUAAGAAGGUUCUAAGGAUCUUAGACCCUAGAAUGGAAGGGCAGUAUUCAGUUAAAACUGCAAAGAAAGUAACCAAUUUGGCAUACCAAUGCCUUAGCCAAAAUCCAAAAGGGAGACCUCUGAUGAGCCAGGUGGUGGAAUUACUUGAAGGUGUUCAGUCAAAGGAUGAAGAUGAAAUGUUUCAAACCAAUGAGAAAGGUGUUACUCUUUACGAGGAUUCAGGGCUUUCCUCUUGUACUCCAGAGACGAGAAAUCCAGAUACAGGUAAUGGAAGGCGCAAACCGGCAAAUGGAAGAAGCAACAGCGAGCCCUCAACCGAGUGUGAUCUUUAUAACCCUUGCUCCGAUUUUGCAGUCUCGAGUCCAGUGAGAAGCUAGCAUCGCAUCAUUGAACUUUUAUAAAUAUGGAUGGAAGUUGAAAUUGUAAGAAAUGUAUCAAAUAUUCACCUUAUUCCCUUUCCCUUUCUAAAACAAAAUUAUUUCAAACAA